AUGGUUUUCUUCAUGGAGAUCUUUUUGAGGAGGUUUAUAUCAGUCCACCACUUGGUUCAGACAUUUCAGGGAAGGAUUAUUAUUCUAUUAUUAUAUGUUGAUGAUAUGGUGAUCACUAGCGAUGAUGCCUCUAAUAUAUCUGAUUUACAGACAUAUCUUCAUCAACAUUUUGAUAUGAAGAGUCUUGGUAAGCUGCGUUAUUUUCUAUGUCUUAAGAUUUCUGACACAAUAAAUGGUAUCUACUUGUCUCAGGUGAAGUAUGCUUCUGACCUUAUCACCCGUGCUAGUUUGACUGAUAGCAAAACUGCCUCGACUCCAAUUGAGGCAUAUUGUCGUCUUACUCCUCUCGAUGGAACCCUUCUUAAAUUCCCCACGCUCUAUCGUCAAUUAGUGGACUCCUUGAUAUAUCUAACUGUUACUCACCUUUACAUAGCUCAUGCAGUUCACAUAGGCACUCUCUUACAUGGUUUUCACUUCUUUGCUAAUUCAUCAUUGGUACUCACUGGUUACUCAGAUGCUGAUUGGGCAGGCGAUCCCACUAACCGAUCCUCCAUAUCACUGUUUCACCGUCUCCCUUGUGCUGUAGAUUAUCGCAGAUGGCUGUCUCCCAGGGUACAACAAAUGUAG